GAAAAUCAACGAGAACGAUGGCUUCCCUACUGUGGCCGUGCAGCCUUGUCUUCUUCCUCGUUUCUACUGCGACGGUGUCGUCGGCCCUUUCCUUGCCGAUACCAAGUCUCAGGUUUCAGCCGGGUCCAUGGAGAUACGCCCACGCUACAUUCUACGGCGACGAGUCGGCGUCGGAGACCAUGGGUGGAGCUUGCGGCUACGGGAACCUCUUCAGCUCCGGGUACGGGAUCGCGACGGCGGCGCUCAGCUCGACGCUGUUCAAUGACGGAUUCGCCUGCGGGACGUGCUACCAGAUUCGGUGCAGAGGGUCGCCGCAUUGCUACGGGAGCUUCCCAAUCAUCACGGUGACCGGCACCAACCUCUGCCCGCCUAACUGGGCCCAGCCCUCCGACAACGGCGGGUGGUGCAACCCCCCCAGGAGACACUUCGACCUGUCGAAGCCGGCGUUCAUGCAGAUCGCAUAUUGGAGGGCCGGCAUCGUCCCCGUCAUGUACCGCAGGGUGCCCUGCGUCAGGAAGGGAGGGAUCCGGUUCUUGCUCCAGGGUAACGAGUACUGGCUGCUGGCCUUCGUGAUGAACGUGGGAGGGGAAGGAGACGUGGGAAGCAUGUGGGUGAAGGGGAGCAACACGGAUUGGAUGAGGAUGAGCCGCAACUGGGGAGCCUCCUUCCAGGCCUUCUCAAGGCUCGGGGGCCAGUCGCUCUCCUUCAAGAUCACCUCCUACACCACCAGGAAGACCAUCAUCGCCACCGACGUCGCUCCCUCCACCUGGUACUUGGGAAUGACGUACGAGGCCGACGUUAACUUCGCGUGAGGGAAGCACAUAAGUGCCUGCAAAAUGUAAAGCCUGUCGUGAUGGUUCCUUCUACUACUUGUUGUGUUGCCGCUUGAUGUUUCCUUCUCUUACAUA